UCACAUUACAAACACCCAGCUGGGAAAAUCAAUCUCAGAUUGAAAAAAUGAACUGAGAGCUUGAAACUGGAACUUUGCCUAUUUUCAUCUGUAAAGCAUACAAUAAUACUGUUUGUAAAGAGGCAAUAAAUAUGGCAAAUGAGGAUCAAGAUCUGGAAAGAUGGAUUGAAGAAAUUGAGAAAGAAGAUACACAGCUGGUUCCAGAUUGUGAAGGUAAUACAAUAAGGUUACAUGACUUGGGCAAUGGAGAAUAUUAUCCAGCCUUCCCCAACAUUAAAGCCAGACUUGAAAAAAUGAAGGCAUUUGAAGCAAGGGAGGAUGACAUUUGGAUUAACAGUUUCACACGUUCUGGUAACAACUGGCACCAGGAGAUAGUCACCAUGAUAUUGCAGUCAUCUUCCAAGGCUACAUCAGCAAUGUUAAAGAUGAACAACCAUUUUGAAAUGUGGGACCAUGAGCUGUUUGAUGCCAAACCAUCACCACGCACAAUCAAUGCACACCUCAUUCAUUCUAGAAUACCUCCAGAUGUCUGGAUGAAAAAAUCAAAGAUCAUUUAUAUAUUGAGAAAUCCAAAAGAUGUUGCGGUGUCGAACUAUAACUGGUAUAUAGAUACAGGCUUCAUGUAUGGAUAUACUGGGACUUUCAAUGGAUUCAUCUCACUGUUUCUAGAGGGGAAAGUUGGACGUGGAUCUUGGUUUACUCAUGUCAGAGACUGGUGGAAAAAGGAAAAAGAAAAUCCAAAUGUUCUUUUCCUGACAUAUGAGCAGUCAAAAAGGGAUUUAGAGAGAACCGUGAAAAGAAUCAGUGAAUUUCUAGGCAGAAAUUUAGCAUCUGAUGUUAUACAAAGUAUUGUAGACCAAUGUUCUUUCAAUGUGAUGAAAGAACAUAAAGGAUCAGUUGCUAAACAAAAGAUGAGGGAAGGGGCACAUGGCUUUUAUAGAAAAGGUGAAGUUGGCGACUGGAAAAAUUGGUUUACAAUCGCUCAAAAUGAAAAGUUUGAUGCAGUUUAUCAAGAGAAAAUGAAGGAUGUUGAUGAUAUUCCAAUACAAUUUACAAUAUAAAUGAGGAAGAAAUAUCUCUGACUAUGUUUUUUUGUUUAUUUCAAUAAAAACCGAUCCUUAUAUUAUUAUGAUGUCCCAAUCUCAUCCAAUGAUCAACUCCUAUCAGUGGGCAACUCACUGAAUUGUGAUUGUUUCACUAGCAACUGUAAUUGUCUCCAGCAGACAUCAAAUAAUUAUGAAUUCGUUCAUUUUUCCAAAUGCUCUUAUUAUGAUGGUAGCAAAAGUGCCACCUAUCAUGAGACUGAUGAGUGUGGUUAAUGAUUUAAUGGUAGAAGAGCUUGUUAAUAUACAACAAUCACCUUCACUUUGCACAUAAUUGAGGUAGACUGUACACAAAAAAAAAUUAUAUUUAGUAAGCAAUAUUAUUGUGAAAAAUUGGGUUUAAACGUAAAAACAUAAAUGUAUAAUUAAAAUCACUGCAUAAUGAUUUAAUAUACAGCGUAAUGCAUUGUGUUGUUAUAACUUGUUAUAAACUGGUUGAUAAGCCCAUGCAUUAGGGCUAGGUUCACACUGUAUUUUUUCGAACAAUUUUCCUUCUAUUUUGUAUGAUUUUAAUACUUACUUACCGCUAUAAAGAACAAUAAAACUAAUCCAAAC